GUCAGAGAGACGUCUCCACGGCAGCGUUGUCAUAGUGAAGCUGACAACAGGCACUAAACAAUCUGUGUUUGGGUUCAGUGCACAUGCUGAGUUCCUGGGAUCUCACCGUAAUACCCUGACACACAGAGAGGCUCACAGCAACAUCAGGAUACUCAUGAGGGUAAUGUCAAGUGCUGAACCUUGGGUUGGGACCUGGAGGCCCCACAAGCCAAGAGGGCCCAUAGCUGCCCUCUAUGGCAGCCCAGGGCCCAAGUAUGCACUGCCUGGACUCACAGGAGUUUCUCAACAUGACCCCACUAAAUACAAAGCACCAAUGUUCAGCUUUGGGGCACGUCAUGACCGCAAGCUAGAGAGCUCCCCUGGACCAAGCUACCUCAUCCCCUCCAACGUCACCAAAGUGGGCAGAGACGGCACUCCUGCGUUUUCACUCCACAGCCGUCCAAAGGAGCCACAAUUGUUCCAGGCUCCCGGACCAGGCAAAUACUCCCCAGAGCAUUCAGUAAAGGCGAUCUUCCGCUCCGCUCCUGCUUAUUCUCUAUCUGGGAGGGGCAAAGACAUCAACACCAUCCAAACACCAGGUCCAGCCUCCUACUCUCUGCCCCCAGUGCUGGGAGACAAAACUGUGGCCACAUCUGCAGCUCCCACCUUCUCGUUUUGUGGCCGCAGCAAAAACGGAAGCUUCCAUGAGGACCUGAAGAAGACUCCUGGCCCCGCUGCCUACAAAGUUGUGGACCCUUGUAUUUACAAUAAAAAACCUCCCCAGUUUAGCAUGACAGGCCGCAACUUCCCACCCAGUGAAACCACAAAGAAACCAGGACCUGGCGCACACUGUCCUGAGCAGGUGACCUUCACAAGAGCAAAAGCUCCGAGCUUCUCCUUUGGACUACGUCACUCGGAGUUCAUCGCACCCCUCAUCAUAGAUGUGCCUGAAUAAUCACACAUCAUCUCAUUUCAACCAGAAAUUCACACAGCAUAAAACAAAAAGCACAAUAAAGCUCAGAAAGCAAACUGUGCAGGAUUAUUGAGAUCAGAUUAUAUCGCCACAGUUGAAAGGUCUCACUGUGUUGGUACAUGUCACUUUGUCAGGGUUAUGACCACUAUCAGUAUUUGAAGUAAGGUAUACUGAAUUUAAAAAAGGCUUCAUGAGUGGCACAUGUCUGACAUUUGUAUUAAUGUAACUUGAUUUUUAAGAAAGUAUCCUAGACUGGUUUUAUUUUCCGAGCUUUUUCUUGUUGGUUCAGAAAACUACUAAUUAUUUUUGAUUGGGUAAUUAACAUUUUCAGUCAGUACUUUAUAAGAAUCAAUCAUAACAUGUCAUGGCAGGUGUUUAUAGUAAUAUAAAAGGUGUCCCAGUGAGGGAGCCAGCAUGCACCAUAAAGCAAGGCUCUGGUACUGGCCUGACCUGAAUGGAAUGAAGCCAGUAUUAAUGCUUUUAGACAUACCUGCUGUGUCAGUCAAGAAGGGUCUGUGUUUAGCUGGCAAAUAAAUCAUCAGUGUAACAGAGACUAUGAAAUUAUUUUAUUAAGAGAAGUGAAAUGUUAUUGUUUUAUCGAGGAUGUUGUAUUGCCUCCAAUCCUACUAAAACCUUUGAAAAAAAAUCACUUGUCCUCUACACACCCAAUUCACUUCAACAUUAUAUUAAACACUUACACAAUGACAUUA